AUUGGCACGCACCGAGCACUCUAGAGCUCAUCAGAAGCAGUCAAUGAUCGUGGGCCUCCUAUCCGGGUACAGCUCACGCGGUAUGGACCAUGGUCUAUGGAGGUUGAGAUCGCAGAGAAAACACUAAAAAAAAGGUCACGUACAAAUAAGUGUGUCCGGAUGGAAUAUUUGAGGUUUUUCUCGACGGUUAAGACCAGCCAACGCAAUGACUUUUUCAUGGUAAGCUAAUCCGAUACGUUCUUCGGGGAAUUUAACAAGGAAUUUAAACAAUCCCUUUAGCUCCCUGUACAAACCUUACAGGGAUGGCACUAUCAGCCUAUCACAUCCCUCGUUCCGCAUGUCACCCCAGGGGCGAACCGGCUCGAACGGCACGCAGUAAGUGCAUUUUUGGUCGUCUGCCAACAGCAUGGUUGAACAUCCUAGAAAAAGAGCAAUGAUCGGGGCAUCCAUGAUGGCUCAUACUAGUACAAUUGAGCCUUUUUCUCUUGUCUUGCCUGCAUAAUAGGGGCCAAGUGGCUUAUUAUUAAGGUCCGGCCUGACAUGUUAGUGCUGUUCGGCCGCCGCUAAUGCCACGAAAAAGUGGAGCUGAUUGGGUUGGGGCCCUGUCUCUGCCUUCUGCACAUGGCGUAUAGCCGUAUGCGAAAGGCAUGCAUAUCCGGUGUGCCACCACGGGAUAUGCCGACACGGCCAAACCGGGCUGCGAGUCUGCGACUAGAGGGGAAAGACAAAAACCCAAGCGUUGGACGACAGAUGGGCUGUCGACCACAUCAUUGUGCAGUAGCAGCCCAGUUACUCAACAGAGUGGGCUGCUGCCCGAUGGACCACCGUGAUCCGUUCCGGGCAAACGGCAAGGCCACUCCAAAGGAAACCACAUCGGCCCGGCCCAACCAGCUCUGGAUUAUGAUAAGUCGGUUCCAGUCUUCCAGCCCUUAAAUACCCUCUUCCGGCAACCGUACAGCCGCUCCCAUCGGCCCCGCUCGCCUUCGCACCCAACCAUCGCCGAGGCCGCAACUCGGGGCUCUCGAGGGUUUUUGCCACAGCGCGUCGUCCGCGCCAAGCCCCGGCGCUCCACCCCGCCGAGUUUUUUUCGACCCGCGAGUAGGGCUCCAAACCCUAGUCUCGCCGCCGCCGCCGCAAUGCCUCGUCGCAGCCACGAUGAGGAGGAGGAGGAGGAUGAAUACGACAUGGAAGAGGAAGAGGACGAGGAGGACGACGAGAAGGGGAGGGGCGGGAUGCGAUCGCGCGGCGGGGGCCGCGGGAAGCGCUCGCGCGGCGUCGAGAGCUUCAUCGACGAUGCGGCCAGCGAGGACGACGACGCGGAUGAUGACGACGACGACGACGACGACGACGACGACUACGGGAGCGGCGGCCGUGGGCGUGGCUCCAAGAGGAUGCGGUCGUCGAUCCUGAUUGACGACAUGGCCCAGGUCGACGAUGACGACGAUGUCGACGACGAUGGUUCCGGUGGCGAGCCCGACUUUAUUGAUGAUACCCAGGAUGAUGAUGACAUUCGUGGCAAUGAUGUCAGACGGAGGCCUAUUCCUCAUUCUAGCUCUAUGAUGGAAGACGAAGAAGCUUUACAAGAGUAUUUGAGGCGUUUACGAGAAAGAUCUAGAAGUGGGACAGCAUCCCAUUCUGACUAUGAUGAGGAAGUAACUGAAGUUGAACAGCAAGCUCUCUUACCCUCAGUGAAGGAUCCAAAGCUUUGGAUGGUCAAAUGUGCGAUUGGACAUGAGCGGGAGACAGCGGUUUGUCUAAUGCAAAAGUUCAUUGAUAGGCCAGAUCUCCAGAUAAAAACCGUUGUUGCAUUAGAACACCUAAAGAAUUUCAUCUACAUUGAAGCAGAGAAAGAAGCCCAUGUGAGAGAGGCUUGCAAAGGUUUGAGGAAUGUCAUUGCUUCAGCAAAAAUAAUUUUGGUUCCUAUAAGAGAAAUGGCCGAUGUCCUAUCUGUUGAGAGCAAAUCUGUUGAUCUUUCAAGGGACUCAUGGGUUCGGAUGAAGCUAGGUGUAUAUAAGGGUGAUCUUGCUAAGGUUGUUGAUGUUGACAAUGUGCGCCAAAAGGUGACUGUUAAGCUCAUUCCUAGAAUCGAUUUACAAGCGCUGGCAAAUAAACUGGUUGGGAAUGAGGUUGCUAAGAAGAAGUCAUUUGUUACACCACCAAGGUUCUUUAGUGUUGACGAGGCGAGGGAGCUGCACAUACGUGUCGACAGGAGGAGGAAUAGAGAUUCUGGUGAAUACUUUGAUGUUGUCGGCAGUUUUAUGUUCAAAGAUGGCUUCCUGUACAAAACAUUCUCUAUGAAAUCAAUUAGAACACAGAAUAUUCAGCCCUCAUUUGAUGAAUUGGAGAAGUUCAAAAGACCUGGUGAUGACCUGAAUGAGGAUGUGGCUAGCUUGUCCACUCUGUUUUCAGAUAGGAAAAAGGGCCACUUCAUGAAAGGUGAUGCUGUAAUUGUUAUUAAAGGUGAUCUCAAAAACUUAAAGGGCUCUGUUGAGAAGGUGGAGGAUGGUACAGUUCACAUGCAACCAAAACUACCUGGGCUUCCGAGAACCCUUGCCUUCAGUGAAAAGGAUCUCUGUAAAUAUUUCAAUCCUGGAGACCAUGUUAAAGUCGUAUCCGGAGUUCAAGAAGGCGCAACAGGCAUGGUUGUUAAAGUAGAAGGGCAUGUUUUGAUCAUUUUAUCAGACACUACCAAAGAACAUAUCCGCAUGUUUGCAGACCAUGUUGUGGAGAGUUCUGAGGUCACCACAGGGAUUACAAGAAUUGGUGAUUAUGAAUUGCAUGAUCUUGUUCUUCUUAACAACUUAUCAUUUGGGAUUAUUACACGGGUGGAAAGUGAAGCAUUUCAGAUUCUGAAGGGAAUGCCUGAUAAACCUGAAUUGGUCCUUGUAAAACUGAGAGAAGUAAAGUGUAAGAUUGAUCGACGGACAUCUGCUAAAGACCGAUCCAAUAAUAUUGUGUCAACUAAAGAUAUUGUGAGGGUUGUUGAAGGAGCAUGUAAGGGAAAGCAAGGUCCUGUACAACAUAUACACAGAGGCAUACUUUUUAUCUAUGAUCGCCACCAUCUUGAACAUUCAGGAUUUAUCUGUGCAAAUUCGCAAUCUUGUCUCCUUGUUGGGGGCUCAGCCAGCAGCAACAGUGGGAAUGCAAUGGAUACAGCUGAUCCAAAUUUUCACACUUUUAGCUAUCCAGCAAGGAUUUCACAGUCUCCAGGGAGGCUGCCCCCAAGAGGACCUCACAUGAGUUCUGGUGGAAGGUUUGGAGGGAGAGGUGGUGGUGGCAGAGGGAAUGAUACCCUUGUCAAUAGAUGUAUCAAAAUCAAAUCUGGCCCAUACAAAGGAUAUCGUGGCCGUGUGAAAGAAGUAACUGGUGCACUUGUGCGCAUUGAGCUUGAUUCGCUGAUGAAAAUUGUCACAGUUAAGAGAGAGGAUAUUGGUGACACAGCUUCUGUUGCAACACCAUUUCGCAGUGAAACCCGUUAUUCAAGGGGUGUUGAAACACCUGUGCAUCCAUCUCAAACACCACUGAAUCCUAUUCAGACUCCGAUGCGGGAUCCUGGAGCGACCCCAAUUCGAGAUGGAAUGAGGACUCCUAUGCCUAAUCGAGCCUGGGUGCCAAUGAGCCCUCGUCCCAGGGACAACUGGGAAGAUGGAGAUCUGUCCACUUCUGCAAGUAGUCCAUAUUACCAGCCUGGAACUCCACAAGCUAGACCGUAUGAAGCUCCCACUCCUGGAUCAGGGUGGGCUGCCUGGGGUGAUGCUUCAGGAAAAGCUCAAAGCACGUGUGCAACUGGUUGGGGUGAUACGUCGUCAGGAAAUGCUCAAAGCACGUCUGCACCUUCAACACCCAUUGCGCAUCCGACGCCCCCAGUGACUGCUGCGUCCUAUUUGCCUGGUACUCCAGGUGGCCAGCCGAUGACUCCAGGAGAUGCUGGAAUGGAUUCAAUGUUUCCUGUAAUAGGUGGCGAGGCUGAGGGCAACUGGCUUCUGCCAGAUGUUUUGGUGAGCGUGUCCAGGGGAGGGGAUGAGGUCAGAGACGGUGUGGUGAAGGAAGUGCUCCCGGAUGGGUCGUGUCGUGUUGCCCUUGGGUCGCAGGGCAACGGAGACGAACUGAUUGCAACUGCAAACGAACUGGAGGUGGUCAGACCAAAGAAAAAUGAGAAGCUCAUGAUAAUGAACGGCUCCAUGCGUGGAGUCACGGGGAAACUGAUUGGAGUUGAUGGGUCUGAUGGCAUCGUGAGGGUGGAAGGUAGCUUAGACGUGAAAAUAGUUGACAUGGUGAUUCUGGGUAAAGUGGCUGCUUGAGGACGCUGCACAGUCGAGAUUCUUAGUUUAGUACCCAUCUGACUUAGCGUAUUUUAUUGCCCAUGUGUACCAAAAAUGUACCUUUUUCUAGAAAAGACGGCAAGAGCUUUGCCAGAUAUAUAUUAGACAGAGAAAGAAGAAAAAGAAAAAAAGUAACAUUACUAAGAUCAUUAAGCUGAAGUUGACGCAAA